AUGUCACGCAGUCGGAUACGCCGAUGCGCUGAAGAAGCGUACAAUAACGCUUCUUUACGUUUGCAUUAUACACUCUUUGCGGAAGUGUCCCCGUUUUCUGGUGGAAGGUCGGCCCUUUGCAACAAUGGAGCCAUCAGACCGUUCAGCAGUGGCAGGAACGUAAGUACGCGACAUGCACCUCGGAUUGCCUCCAUGUCGCGUUGUGUACGCCGGUUGGGGACCUAUAGUCAGAUACGUGAAUACCAUGAGGGUCGUGCGUACCUGGACUACCAGGCUACGACACCGCUUGACCCCAGGGUCUUGGAUAAGAUGAUGCCAUAUUUGAGCCACAGCUUCGGCAAUCCACAUAGUCGCACACAUUCAUUUGGUUGGGAGGCUGAGCAUGCGGUCGAGCACGCUCGUUCAGAAGUAGCAUCACUGCUAAACUGUGAUCCGAGGAGCAUCAUAUUUACAUCAGGGGCAACCGAGUCUAACAACAUUGCUAUUAAAGGCGCUACGGAUUACUACAGUCGUCUGAAACACGACGAUCCGACGAAAAUCAAGGACCACAUAAUCACCUCGCAAAUUGAUCACAAAUGUGUGCUGCAGACGUGCCGUCACCUUGAAAACAGGGGAUACAGUGUGACAUAUCUGAAGCCCGAUACUAAGGGUAUGAUUACACCGGAGGCUGUAGCCGCUGCUAUCACACCUCGAACGUUUAUCUGUUCGAUCAUAUAUCUCAACAACGAGAUCGGUACAAUCCAAGACAUUAAUGGCAUCGGGAAAGUGUGCCGCGAGCGUGGUGUCAUAUUUCACUCUGACGCUGCGCAAGGUUUUGGAAAGUUACCCAUUGACCUUUCAAGUCUACCAGUUGAUCUAAUGUCAAUAUCAGGACACAAGAUAUAUGGUCCCAAAGGUGUGGGUGCACUUUACGUUGGUAGGAGACCGCGCAUCCGCCUGAGGCCGAUAAUUGAUGGUGGAGGCCAAGAGCGCGGGCUGAGGUCAGGUACAUUGCCUGCACCGUUGGUUGUUGGUCUAGGAGCGGCAGCAAGUGUAGCAAAAGAGGAAAUGCACCGCGAUUUUGAUCACGCAAAACGGCUGUGGCAUAAAUUGGUUGCCGGUAUAGAGGAUAUCGGACAUGUACACAUCAAUGGGUCCGUGAAAGAGGGUGAACGUUACUGGGGCAACCUGAAUGUGUCCUUUGAAUUCGUGGAGGGAGAGUCUCUGUUGAUGAGGCUUAAGAAUGUUGCGUUGUCUAGCGGUUCUGCUUGUACCUCGACAAGUCUGGAGCCCAGUUACGUGUUACGUAGCAUAGGAGUUGGGGAAGAUAUUGCGCACACUUCGAUUCGUUUUGGUAUAGGUCGUUUUACUACGGAGGAUGAGAUUGACGCUUUGAUAGUUGAGCUCAAGGAGGCUGUGCAGGGUUUACGGGAUUGCAGUCCUCUUUACGAGAUGUUCUUGGAGAAGGAGUCACCUGCUAACUUGACAUGGACAUGA